UCAAUGUGUCUUCCACCCUCUAAAGUAUAACAUGUCCACAUACUUUUGGCCACAACGUUGUAGGACGUUUUGUGACAUCCUGUUAUUUCACGUGUGUAUUUACAGUAAAUAGAGAUGAUGCUGGGCGGCUCUCAAACCUCCUGCUGCAGCAUCAGGAUCAUCUCAGCUUCACGUUUCCCCCUCCUGCUCCUCCGGCUCCUCCUGCUCCUCCGGCUCCUCGUCCAGCUCACUGACCGUCACAAACAGAGGAAAGGGGGCAGCUCUGAAACAACUAUUAAUAACAGGCAGGGCUAAUGUGGUCGCUGCCGCUCGGCUGCCAGGAUUUUCUCUGGCUGAGUCACAGGCUGCUUUCAUCCAGAGCUGCAGCCUCUGGGAACUUUGGCCUCUUUCAGAUCCGAUGGCCUGUGACUGGUUGUUUUCUGUGUGACGGCGUCGAGCUUCACAGCUGCUGCUCUCAUCACUGUUUGUUCAGGAGCUCACUGAUGAUGCAGCGUCGCAGGAGAACCCACACUUGACUUGAUUCACCUGAAUCAUGAUCAAACUGUCAAAUAGACCAUGUGGACGUUUGAUUCCUCUCACUCCUGAGCGAUGACGUCAUCGCAGCAGGCUGAAGAAUAAAGAUGAGAUCCAGGAACUGCACCAUGGGUCCAGAAGACGAACACAUCCAACCCACGAAAGGGUUCAUCAAGCAGCAGCAGCAGGAGGAGCAGGUGGAGGAGGAGGAGGAGGAAAACACACCGGAGCUGAUGAAGAGGAAGAUGAAGGACGGGAGGACGGGGGUGUCCAGGAAACCUCAGAGAUCUGCAGAGAGCAGCAAGAAGACAACUCUGGAUCUGUCCAAGAAGGACCUGCUCCACCUGCUGGGAAUCAUGGAGGGAGAAGUUCAGGCCAGAGAGGACAUGAUCGGCCUCCUGAAGUCGGACAGGACCAGGCCGGAGACUCUGGAGGCUCACUACGGUUCGGCCAACCCCAGCAAACCCCUGCAGGCGCUGCAGAGAGACGGACUGCUCGGCCACGGCCACCGCGGCACAGAGGACGUCUACGAGAAACCCAUGGCUGAGUUGGACCGUCUGGAGGACAAACAGAAGGAGACGUACAGACGGAUGCUGGAGCAGCUGCUGUUGGCUGAGAAAUGUCACCGCCGCACUGUGGCUGAUCUCGACAACGAG